CAUAGUUCAGCUGAAUAAUAAAAUAGAGCUUACACACGUAUGCCUUGCAUAUCGUAAUGUGCCCUUUGAGCACUUAUUUUGAAAUUGUAUUGUCGGUACCUUUGUUUCACACAACGCAAUGCAAGCCUAGUACCAGUAUCUCGGAUUUUAACUGGUUGAUGCUGUUGCCUUUCGACCAAUCACUGAAGAUUUCAUUGGAAAGUCAUGCACGUCGCUUUCAUCGGCCGACAGUGUGCUCAAGGUGUUCUGUCUUGGAAGGAGGAAACGCUGUGACACCAUGGGUGUGUUGUCCACAUUGAUGAGGGGUCUCGUACGAGGAGCGGACAGAAUGUCCGAGUUCACCAGCAAGCGUGGAUCAAGAACUCACAACAAAGGCAGGAGCGCAAGGCCCACCGGACUCAAGAUCUCCAGCAGAAAAUUUCUGUCCAUACAGGCCAUGAUCCCUGAGAUCGUGGUGCCUGACUUGGAGGGAUUCAAACUGAAACCAUAUGUGUCCUAUCGCUCCCCUCGAGGAACGGACCCUCCAAUAACCGCUCAAAGUGUGUUCGCAGAGGUUGUCGCUCCUCAGAUCAGGAAAGACUUUGAAGAAGGCACUUUCACCAAAAACCAGCUGGAGAAAUAUGGAUUUGAACCCACGCAGGAGGGAAAGCUCUUCAAGCUCUAUCCCAAGAACUAUGUGCGUUAAAGAUGCAUUCUCGAUGUAAUGUAUUUCGAAAUAAAGACAGCCUGCUGGUACACUAGAGGAAGAGACAGCUGCAGACUGUUGGAUGGGACUAUAUAUCAUGUCAAGUAAACUCAAUUUGACUCUUUUGUUACUUGAUCAAUAGCCAUAAUAAAGCUGAAGGCGCUAUGAUCCACUCUG